AUGCUACACAAAUAUCUUCUUCUGCCACUUUUGGCGUCAUAUGGUGCGGCUGUCACUAUCUCGGUAGCCAAAUCUGGAGGCAAUGCCACGUCAGGUCUGCAGUAUGGUGCAAUGGAAGAGGAAAUCAAUCACUGUGGUGAAGGAGGUCUUUAUGCCGAAUUGAUCCGCAACAGAGCGUUCCAGGGGAGCAGCAAGUUCUCUUCGUCACUGGAGGCCUGGUCUGGGGUUGAUGGCUCAUCGCUGUCUCUGAAGAACCUCACUGAUCCACUGUCAACUGCCCUUCCAACUUCAGUCAAUGUCAAGGGUUCUGGCACAGCUGGGCUGACCAAUGAGGGCUUCUGGGGAAUUGAUGUCCGCCCUCAAAAAUAUACUGGGUCGUUCUAUGUAAAAGGCUCUUACAAAGGCUCCUUCACGGCCUCUCUCCUUUCUUCCAGCGGCAAAGUGUUGGCCACUACCAAGAUCGCCUCAAAGAGUGUUGCAAACAAAUGGGUGCAACACAAGUUUGUUCUCACUCCCAAAGCAAAGGCUUCCGAUUUCAAGAACACGUUCUCACUGACUUUCGAUGGCUCGAAAACAUCAAGUGGCUCGCUUGAUUUCAACCUGAUCAGUUUGUUCCCACCCACGUGGAAUGAUCGCCCCAAUGGCAUGCGGAAAGACUUGAUGCAAGCCAUGGCUGAUAUGGGUCCUACGUUCCUUCGCUUCCCUGGUGGAAAUAACUUGGAGGGUGAUAGCAUCGACGGCCGCUGGAAGUGGAAUGAGACCAUUGGGCCACUCACAGACCGACCUGGUCGUGCAACCACCUGGCAAUACCAAGAGACCCUUGGACUAGGGUUGGUCGAGUAUAUGGAGUGGUGUGAUGAUCUGAACAUGGAGCCCAUCCUGGCCGUCUAUGCUGGACUCGCUCUGAAUGGAGAAGUUGUCCCGGAGGCUGACCUCGAUUUCUAUGUUCAGGAUGCCCUUGACGAGAUCGAGUUCUUGACCGGCUCUGUAGACACCAAGUACGGUGCUCUGCGUGCCAAGGUUGGACACCCAGAGCCGUGGAAGAUUCGAUAUGUCGAGGUUGGAAAUGAGGAUAUGCUGAGCAAUGGACUCGAGACCUACAAGUCCUACCGGUUCGCGGCAUUUUACGACGCUAUCACCGCCAAGUACCCCGAUAUCCAGGUUCUCGCUUCUACCAUCGAUCUGACGAUUCCUGGAAAUGCAGGUGGUGAUUACCACUUGUAUGAUAACGCAGAUAACUUUGUCAAGAAGUUCGACAUGUUUGACAACUUUUCUCCAAAGCAUCCUAUCUUGCUCGGUGAGAUUGCUGCUACAUCCCCACUGAAUGGAGUUGAUAUCGACUGGAGCGAUACCCAUUUCUCUCAAUAUCCUUGGUGGAUCGGAACCGUUGCCGAGGCCGUGUUCCUCAUUGGUGCCGAACGCAAUGCUGACAAGGUCAUUGGAAGCACCUACGCCCCAUUCAUGAUGAACUUGGACAAGUACCAAUGGUCCCCAACCAUGCUAUCCUUCAACGCCGAUCCCGACCAGACAGCUCGCUCUACCAGCUGGCACGCAUGGACUUUGUACAACAAGAACAUCAUGACAAAUACCCUCCCAGCUACUUCCUCUGACGCCUUCGGUCCUCUGUACUAUGUGACAGGUCUGAAUAGUAAGACCAACUCGCACGUCUUCAAGGCAGCAGUAUACAAUAGCACAUCUGAUGUACCUGUAUCGUUGACAUUUGAGGGCGUCGGCCGUGGUACCCAGGCAGACUUGACCAUCUUGACUGCGCCGGAUGCAUUCUCAAUGAACGAGGUGGGCGGGUCGAACAUCGUGAACAGCAAAACCACGAAGAUCAAGGCUGGCAAGAAGGGCGAGUUCUCUUUCAAGCUGCCGAAUUUGAGUGUGGCCGUGCUCACUACCAAUUAA